UUUGCAAAUAGAAUUUCGGAAUCGUAAUAACAGGUACAGUUUCGGUUAGAUGAACAUAUUAAUGGGUGUACCUCCUCAAACAGAAAGGCAAAGAGAGGCAACAUCUGGAGAAUACGCCGGACAAAUUGAGUCAUCGUCACUAAAUCUUCGCACCGUUGAUCAAGUGGUCGAGCAAUUGAUCACAGCAGGAACCCAGAACAGAAAUUCAAAACGCUGAAUAUUGGAGGACAGAGAGAAAAUGGUGUUUCUUCUACAUCCAGUGCUUUGGACACUACCAAUGGUUGCCCUAAUGCUUACAGAAAAAGAAACCUUCAAGUGUUCAUCAAACCACAACUGCACUUGCUAUAAACGUGAAGACUCUGGAAUUCUCUUUGCAGACUGUUCAAACCUGAAUCUACAAUCUGCGCCAUUAUUCAACGAUGAGGUUACCGGAAUUAUUCUCACACGUAACAACAUUUCAGAAUUCCCGCUUUCUCUUCCUCGGAAUAUUCGUUACCUUGAUAUAUCAAGGAACGUUAUAGAAACUAUAAAAGAAACGUCGUUAUCAAACUACAAGGCCAUACACAAUAUCAGUCUCUCCGCCAAUGGACUAAAGUCCAUCGAACUAGGUUUCUUUUUAAAUUCAAAAAGUCUUACCCAUCUGGAUGUUUCUAAUAAUCAAGAAUUGACCCUUGAAGUAUUGGUUAACAUAUCGCAUGACCUAAGUUUGUCCACGUCAAUUCGUGUUUUGAAUUUGGAAAAUGUUCAGUGCACAUAUGGAGUGAGUUUCAUAAUUUGGAAAUACCACGUUUCGGAUUUAAAAAGCACUCAACUUGAGCAGCUUAAUUUAGCAUCCAACCGUAUAAACAGCUUGGAAUUCGGAGUUUUAUCAACAUUGCCGAAAUCCUUAAAACAUCUUAAUUUAGCUAACAAUGUACUGAGUUAUGGGUUUUAUAUUGCAGAAUUUGGUAGUUUGCAUAGCAUGAUAAGUCUGAAUAUUAGUUUUCAAUCUUAUUUUCACCAACUUAAAUAUAGUGAUUUGUUAAAUGUGUGCAAUGAUUCACGUACGCAGCAGACUUCUGUGAGAUCAAACUACCCGGUCAAAGACUCAAAGACUACGGGAAAUAGUCAAGUCUCGUCUACUCUCAGUCUUUAUCUUCCGCCUAAUUUGGAAGUCUUUUAUUUUCACGAUAACAUGUAUAAAAUGACUCUUGAAAAAUUUUCCUUUACAUCAUUAGGCCCACCGAAGAUUACUCAUCUGUAUUUUCAAAACAACAUUAUCUAUGGAUUAAAUGGCCCAAUUUUGGGAGCAAACAGUGUCCGAUAUAUAGAUUUAUCAAACAAUUUCUGCAAUUUUAUCUCUGACCAAUUCUUUGACGGUAUGAACAAUGUGUCUUACCUUGAUCUAUCCAAAAAUGCUUUAGGAAAAGUUUUAGAAGAUGACUACAAUGGGAACAUAUUUCGAAAUCUUGUCAAUUUGACAACUUUGAACUUAAGAAGCAAUCGAAUUGUUCGACUGCCUCCAGCCAUCUUUCGUAAUCUCAAUGAACUUGAAACUAUUGACAUCAGUGAUAACUCUCUGAGCGAGUUUUCUGUGCCUCUGGGAAACGUGAAACGUCUUAAGCGACUUGACCUCUCAAAUAACCAGUUAUUGUUCUUGGAUGAAAAAACACAAAAUGCAAUCGAUUCCUUGUCACGGAACAAAAAAAUACUCGUUAAUAUUACAGGUAAUAGGUUAACAUGUAUUUGCGAGCAAUUGGAAUUCUUAAGAUGGAUGGCUAAAUCUAAAAAUGUGAAGUUCUUGAACCUUGAUGAUUAUCUUUGUACCUUUAGAAAUUCUUUUAAAGCUAAUUUUUUAGAUAUUGACAACUUGCUUCAAGUUAUGGAGAAACAUUGCGCCUCAUACAUAGUUACUAUAGUGAUAAUGACGUCAUUGAUAUUUAUCACCUUGACAACAACCUUUGGUCGCAUUCUUUAUAGAUACCGGUGGAAACUAAGGUAUAUGUACUACGUAGCAAGAGAGAAAUAUCGAGAUAAUGUUGAAAAUGUCGAUGGCAUGACUGACAGUUCGUUUCAUUUUGAUGCCUUUGUGUCAUAUGCCGAGAAAGACGGAGGUUUUGUAAUUGAACUCGUGAAGCGGAUGGAGGAUAAUCAUAAUCUGAAACUCUGUAUACACAAUCGUGACUUUAUUCCUGGGACAGGUAUUGCUGAUAACAUCACUAACGCCAUUCACAACAGCAGACGAACUGUGGCUAUCAUGACGUCACACUUCUUGGAUUCCUAUUGGUGCAUGUUUGAGCUAAAUAUGGCACGCAUGGAGGCCAUUUAUUCACGAAAUGGCGAAAAUGUUCUAAUUCUAGUUGCUUUAGAAAAACUGGCUAUGGCGAAUCUUCCAUUUUAUUUUAUUGAUCUUAUUGAAAGCAGGUCGUACAUAGAAUUUCCAGAAAACAGGGAUGAUGAUGAAGAAUCAGCUUUCCGCUCGAAACUCGUCGCAACGUUGAAGUCCCGUGAAUGAUACUUUAGGACCUCAUCUUCCACUUCACUUCUAGAAUUUUUUUUCUGUAAAAUUGA